UGCCACUUAGCAUAAAGGAGCUUUUAUUGGAGUGACUGGAGCAAUUACACACUGUGACCAGCAGGAGUGGUGCAGUGGUGCAGUGAUGCAGUGGUGCAGUGUGUCACUACAGCAGGUCAAACUGGUUUUUAGAAGAAAUGGAAUUCAGCAGCACCAUUUUAAGACACACCUGAAGUAAAACCAGCAUGUAUUAUACAUAAAACUUUAAGAAGUUGAUGACAUUCAUUUUUCCAGAUCAGGAACUGUGUGUUCCAAAAUGAAUCUUUCUAAAGAAGAAAAUGCAAUCACAGCAAAGACGUAAGAGAAAGAAAUUCUAUUAUUCACUAAUAGUAAAUGAUCAGAUUUACAGUCUGAGUGAGAUUAAGGGAUCGGACUCACCAGAACCGAGCUGUGUGUCCAUGAAGACUGACUGGUCAAUGGAGCUCCCAAAUCUCUUCAGUGUGGAAGACCAGUGUACUGAUCUGAGACACCAACAUGAGAACCCCAGAGUUACCAGCAGUGCAGAACAAGAUCAUCAGCUGAACAGCAAACAGCAGACCAUAACAAAAUCAGACCUUAGUAAUGUUCUGCAAACUGAGCUGGAACGUCAUUCUGUGUAUCACCAAAACCUCAAAUCCAGCCUGAGAGAGAAGUUUAAAAGAGUUAAUGAAGGAAUCUCACAGCAUGGAAGUUCAGCACUUCUGAAUGAGAUCUACACAGAGCUCUACAUCACAGAGGGAGGGAGUGGAGACGUUAAUAAAGAACAUGAGGUGAGACAGAUUGAGACACUGUCCAGGAGACCAGCAACACAGGAGACACCCAUCAAAUGUAAUGAUCUCUUUAAAGACAAGUCCAUCAGAAGUGUGCUGACUAAAGGAGUUGCUGGAAUUGGAAAAACAGUCUCUGUGCAGAAGUUCAUUCUGGACUGGGCUGAAGGAAAAGCAAAUCAGGACGUCACCUUCAUGUUUCCACUUCCCUUUAGAGAGCUGAAUCUGAUGAAGCAGAAACAUCUCAGUCUGAUGGAUCUUCUUCAUCACUUUUUCCCAGAAAUAAGAAAACUAGAAUUAAUAGACUGUAACUCCUACAAAAUGGUGUUGAUCUUUGAUGGUCUGGAUGAGUGUCGACUUCCUCUAAAUUUCCAGAACAAUGAGAUACUGAGUGAUGUAACAGAAUCAGCCUCAGUGGAUGUGCUGCUGACGAACCUCAUCAAGGGGAAUCUGCUUCCCUCUGCUCUCCUCUGGAUCACCUCUCGACCAGGAGCAGCCAAUCAGAUCCCUCCUGAGUGUGUAGACCAGGUAACAGAGGUACGAGGGUUCAGUGAUCCUCAGAAAGAGGAGUACUUCAGGAAGAAGAUCAGUGAUGAGGGCCUGUCUAAUAAAAUCAUCACACACAUGAAGUCUUCAAGAAGCCUCCACAUCAUGUGCCACAUCCCAGUCUUCUGCUGGAUCUCAGCCACUGUUCUAGAGAGAAUGUUGGGUGAAGCAGAGAGUGGAGAGAUCCCCAAGACUCUGACUCAAAUGUUCACACACUUCCUGAUCUUUCAGAUCAAACACAAGGACCAAAAGUACCAUCAGAAAUGUGACCCUGAUCCUCAGCAGACCAGAGAGAGCAUCCUGGCACUGGGAAAACUGGCUUUCCACCAGCUGGAGAAAGGAAACCUGAUCUUCUAUGAGGAAGACCUGAGAGAGUGUGGCAUUGGUGUAAGAGAUGUGUCAGUGUACUCAGGAGUGUGUACUCAGAUCUUCAGAGAGGAGUUUGGGCUUCACCUGGGGAAGGUGUUCAGCUUUGUACAUCUGAGUGUUCAGGAGUUUCUGGCUGCUUUAUACGCAUUUCUCUCCUUCAUCAGCAGACAUGUAACACAACAACAAACCACUGAUCUGUCUGAUCUUUUCACCAAAUCAAACAUGUCUGAGUUCCUCAGGAGUGCAGUGGAGAAGACCUUACAGAGUGAGAAUGGACACCUGGACCUGUUCCUCCGCUUCCUUCUGGGUCUCUCACUGGAGUCCAAUCAGACUCUCUUACGAGGUUUAAUGCUACAGACAGGAAGUAGCUCUCACAGCAAACAGGAAACAGUCGAGUACAUCAAGGAGAAGAUCAGAGAGAAUCCAUCUCCAGAGAAAUCCAUCAAUCUGUUCCACUGUCUGAAUGAACUGAAUGAUGUUUCUCUGGAGCAGGAAGUACAAACUUAUCUGAACAGUGGAGGGCAUCGUCGUCUCAGUGGAUCCAGACUCUCUCCUGCUCAGUGGUCUGCUCUGGUGUUUGUGUUACUGAAUUCAGAACAGGAGCUGGAGGUGUUUGAUUUGAGGAAAUAUGAUCGAUCAGAUGAAUGUCUUCUGAAGCUGCUGCCGGUGGUCAAAGCCUCCAGAAAAGCUGAUAUGUACGACUGUAAUCUGACCGAGGAAAGCUGUAGAACUCUAUCUUCAGUUCUCAGUUCAAACUCCUCCAGACUGAGAGAUCUGAACCUGACUAACAAUAAACUGCAGGAUUCAGGAGUGACGCUGCUCUCUGCUGGACUGGAGACUCCACACUGUACACUGGAGACACUGGAGCUGCGUGAUUGCGAUCUGACAGAGAAAAGCUGUAGAACUCUGUCCUCAGUUCUCAGCUCAAACUCCUCCAGACUGAGAGAACUGGACCUGAGUCACAAUAACCUGCAGGAUUCAGGAGUGACGCUGCUCUCUGCUGGACUGGAGACUCCACACUGUACACUGGAGAUACUGAGGUUAUGUGACUGUAAUCUGAGAGAGCAAAGCUGUAGAUCUCUGUCUUCAGUUCUCAACUCAAACUCCUCCAGACUGAGAGAUCUGGACUUGAGUAACAAUAACCUGCAGGAUUCAGGAGUGACGCUGCUCUCUGCUGGACUGGAGACUCCACACUGUACACUGGAAAAACUAAAGGUGUGGAAGUGCAAUCUGACAGAGGAAAGCUGUAGAACUCUGUCCUCAGUUCUCAGCUUAAACUCCUCCAGACUAAGAGAACUAAACCUGAGUCACAAUAACCUGCAGGAUUCAGGAGUGAAGCUGCUCUCUGCUGGACUGGAGACUCCACACUGUACACUGGAGAUACUGAGGAUGUCUGAGUGCAGGAUUACAGAUGAAGGAUGUGCUGCUCUGGCUUCAGCUCUGAGAUUAAAUUCCUCAUUGCAUCUGAGAGAACUGAAUCUGUACAACAAUGAAGAAGGAGAAUCAGGAUUGAAGCUUCUCAAUGAUCUACUGAAGGACCCACACUGUAACCUGGAGAAACUGAUUAUUGAGGUGUCUCGCUCUAAAGCUUCACCCACCAGCACCAAUAGAACUCCUCAGACCUCCAGCUUCUUUUCCUGGCUGAAGUUUUGGUGAAGUGUCCCACAUUUCCAGCAGUCUGGAAGCUGAAUCUUUUCUAUACAGAUUUAGAAAGUCCACAACAAUUGCUGUAAUUUAUCACAUCCUUUAUCCCCUCAGCUAAACGUGACUUCAGGCUUUAAUUACAUUUUUUAUAUUGCAAAGUCAAAUCCUUCAGCAUCUUUACACGUACCAGAGAGAUCAUCACAUCAUCACAAUGAUUACACAAACACACAGCUGUCCAUGUUGUAGCUAACAUUUCUGUAAUGUGUUGUUGCUUUCAAAACAUUAAUUCACUCGUUGUGUUGUGAAUCAGAAUCAGAGAGAGUUUCUCCACACGGGAUUAAAUCAUAAUAAUGAUGCUAAUUUAUUCUUUUGAUUUUCAGUUCAAUGUUUGCUAACCUGCUUGAGAGAGAGAGAGAGAGAGAGAGAGAGAAUGGUUGGGGGACUCAUCAGUAAGUGAGGGUUUUGGAAACAAUGACUUGAUGGUCAGUAUGUGAUGAAGAUGUGCUGAUGAUCCUGAUCAUUGUGGAGCUGCAAUGUUGUGAGUUAUUAUUAUUGUAUAACAUGUUGAAUCAUGAUGCUGUGUGCUGUCAGGAUGUGGCAGGUCGCAGAAAUGUGAUAAAUAAUGACUGAAUCAUGUUAAUAAGAAAGUUAAAACAUGUCUGAUUAGCUUGCUAGCUAGUUAGCUAACAUAUACACUUCCAUUAGAUUUUACUAUAAAUCUUUUGCAUAUGAUAAAUAAUUGCAUCUUUAUUAAGUCAUUUAUAAAAAUAUAUUUAUUCAUUAACCAGGAACUACACAUCUUAAUAUUUUCUGAGAUCAUUAUUACUCUUAGCUGAGAAUUAGGAGGAAUAAACCUUCUGAUUUUUGUUCAAUAUUUUCCAUUGCUUUUUAUUAAGUUCAGUGAAUUACACAAUACACUACACUACACUACACAACACUACACUACUACAC